UAAUCGUCAGUUCCGUUCGAGCGUCGAGACGCUUAACAUCGCUGUGCUAAAAUACCUUCGUUUUCGUGAAUUGUAUUUAAAAAAAAAAAAAAUACAAAAAGUGCAGUUUCAUUUUAAUAUCGCGGUAACACUACGAUAGGAUAACUUUUAUCUAACAUGAUGUAAAGUUAAACUCGAGUGAUUCACCAUUAUGGUCUCAGAAAAAAAUUUUCUAAAUGAAUUCCAUCGAAAGCUUGAUGAUAGAAAAAUUCGCAAUGGUAACAGAAACCCAUCAAUCGAUUACCUACGUAGAAAUGAUCAUUUGGUUCAUUGUAAUGCUACUGUUAUUGGUAUUAACAGUAUGUGGGAAUUUUUUAACAAUAUGCGCAAUCAUUUUUACAAGAAAACUUGGAGCCUUAGUUUCGAAUCGAUUUGUAUUAAGCUUAGCUUUAAGUGAUUUAUUAGUCGGUUUGGCAAUUCCAUAUCAUUUUAUAUUCAGCGUUGGUAUAACUUUGGGAUCGAAUAGAGAAACGUGCGUCAUCAGAUUCGUGUUGGUUAUCUUUGCUUGCGCCAGUUCAAUCUUUAAUUUAAUGGUAAUAGCAGCAGAUAGAUACGCCGCCGUGGUUUAUCCUUUAGAAUAUGGAAAAUACAUGAGAAAGAAAUUAGCUUAUGGAAUAAUCGUGUUUGGAUGGCUAAUCACUUUCGCUUUAUCAACGGUCGUUGUAAUAUGGAAUAAUUGGGAUAUCAACCAAGACAAUUGCUCUUUCACCGAAAUCAUUCCUCAAAAUUAUAUUAUAUUUAUUUUAACACCGAUGUUCGCAUCAGUUUGGGUGGUCAUCAUCGUAUUAUAUUUGAAAAUUUGGAGAAUUGCGGCGUCACAUGCUAAAAAAAUAAGAACAUGCGUCCUCCAAACCUCUAAAUACACAGGAACCGAUUGGAAAUCAAUUCAGGUUGUACUUUUGGUGUUGGGUUGUUUCUCGGUGUGUUGGUUGCCGUAUUUCAUAAUGAUAACGUGUUACAAAUUAUUGGGCGACAUUCCGUUUUUGGUCUACGAAAUCACGUUUAUUUUGGCGAUGGCGAAUUCGUGCAUGAACCCGUUGAUUUACGCGUGGAAAAAUUCGAAUUACCGAGAAGCUUUCUUGUCAAUGCUCAAGUGCAAAUCGCCGAAUUCAAUCGGUUCGCAAUUCCACGAGUACGUCACCGAUCAUACGCCGACCGGAACUAAUAGUCGCGAACCAAACAAACCGGAUAAAACCGUUGCCGUUAUUGAGAAUGGAUUAAAACCGCCAAUUAAGUCAUUGGAAGAGGAAAUUACAAUUAUGGAGAAAAAUACUAAAGAUAUCGACUGGGACGCUACUUUACCCAGAUAAAAAAGAAAUAUUUUAACUUUUAAAACAUUCCAUAUUUUGUGUUGUGUGUUUAAUAAAGUUUAAAAAAAAUAUUUUUAUGUAAAUAUAA